AUGGGGAGUAAUAACAAUAGUUCAAGUAAUGGAAAUUUAUCAACACUUGUAAUGGAUAGAUUCAAUGUCAGAAUCAAUUCAUUGGCUGUAGAAAAGACAGAAAAGAAUGCUAAUAUCUAUUUGGUUGGUAGUUUCGAUGAUUAUAAACAGUUUAGAACAGAAUCAAAAAAGUCAUCAUCAACAGAUGGAUCAGCAAAAUUUCUAGAUUUUAAUAUAGAUUUUCAAUAUGAAACUAAAUUUAUUCAUAAGCUAGAUCGUAAACAUCUAAAGAUUUGUGUAUAUAAAAAGAAAUCGAUGGGUACUGAUAAGCAUUUGGGUAGUUUUCAAGUUGAUCUUUAUACAUUAGCAACUGGUCCAAUUAGUCAUGAUGUCAUUUUUCAAAAGGAUGGAUUGGGUAUUGGCCGUAUACAGUUUAGAUUGGAAAUGUCACAUAUAAAUGAUGUUAAAUUUAACAUUAAAUCAAUUUUAUUAUCAAAUUUACAAAAAAUGUCAAAUUAUCAAGUAGAAUAUUCGUUAGGUAAACCAAUUAUUUUAAAAACACCAGUUAUUGAAGGUACAGUUUGUCCAAGUUGGUAUAAUCAAAUACCUAUUGUUGCAACACUAUCAUUAAAGGAAUUAGUGGAUUCACAUUUUCUAUUUACAUUAAAAGAUAUGAAGCAAAACAAAACUAUCGGUUCAUUACAAUUACCAAUCAAAUCAAUAUUUUCAUUCAUUGAGGGUGAUAGUAAAAUCGUUAAAACUAAGCUCUAUGGAGUAAGCAAAAAACAAGAUGUUUGUGAUGCAUUUAUAGAGAUUCAGUUUACAAAUAUUCCGCAAUUAGCUCAAUUUAAAGAUGGUAUUCAAACAGAAACAGGUAUUAGACAUGCACAACCAUUCUUUUCAGGUGUUCCAUUACCAAAAUUAAUGGGUGAAAUCACUCAACAACCCACUCAAGCUAGUCAAAUUAAACUUCCUGCAGGUUGGGAAAGCAGAGUGGAUAAUUUUGGUAGAGUUUAUUAUAUUGAUCACAAUACUCAACAAACUACAUGGACAUCACCUUUAAAUUAUAGUCCAGUUGAAAAAAGACAAUCUUCUAUCAUCACAAAUGGCGUAAUUGCUUCGCCUGCUAAAGCAGCAAGACCAACAAGAUCAAAAGAAGAGGCAGCAAUUAUCCUUCAACGUACUUUUAGAAAGAAAAGAGAAUAUAAUAAAACUAUUAGAAAUGCAAGUCCAAAUAAUGUAGCUCAAGAAAAACCAACUGUAUAUCAAGUUUUUAAUGAAAACCAACCACAAUUACCUCAUGGUUGGGAGGUUAAAAUGGAUCCAUAUGGCAGGGUUUACUUUGUUGAUCAUAUAAAUAAAGUUACAACUUGGACAAAACCACAAUUAAAAGAUCAUCAGCAACAAUUUCAGCAACAACAACCACCACCACCACCACAACAAUUCCAACUACAACCACAACAUCAACAGCAACCACCACAUUUCCAACCACAGCCACAACCAUCACAUCUCCAACCACAGCCACCACAUUUCCAACCACAACCACAACACCAAAUGUAUCAACAUCACCAACAACAAUAUAAUCCUUAUAUAGGCCAACCCCCACAUCACCAACCACAUUAUUCCAUUCAUGUUAAAAAAUAA